AUGAAAUUUGACAAACGUCUCCAAACUGAAAUUGCUCCAGAGUGGAGGGUAAAAUAUAUAGAUUAUAAAGCCUUAAAAAGGUGUCUCAGGGUUGUCUAUAAUGCAAAAAUUGCUAGAGAGAAAGAGUCUAUGCCAAGUAAAUUUAACACCAUAGGCAGUAAUCAACGUAAUAACGUGUUUGUAGAAAAAAAUGUUGAUUCACUUUCUACAAAUUACGAGAAGGUAUUGACUGCAAACAAUGACAAAAGCAAAAGAAGCUCUAUUCAAUCGAGAACCUUCACUGUCAAUAGUUUAUCCGAUAGCGUACAUGAUUUCUUUCAUAAAGUUUCUUCUGCUUUAGUUACAUCACAAAAAAGUAAUUCUCAUCCGCCUCAUAAUAUAUCAUCUUUGGAAACGUUAAUGUUCGAGAUUGAACCUGAAGAACGGUUGUUUUUUAUUGCUUUGGAUAAAGAAUUGGAGAAGAUUAAUCACUUUUAUGAAACAAAGGAAAAGGAAGCGUUAAAACGCUUUGACUUGUUGAUACAACAAUAUGAAAUACUAAUGAGCAAGAAAGACGAGAAACAAAAAAACUUUCAUGCAGAAGCCUGGAAUACAUCGAAAAGUAUUGUCAAACAAAGCCUCGAAUAUUUCACUCCGGAAAUGGAUCCAAGGAGUUCAACGUCGGAAGAGCAAUUAAUCGAUUAUAAAACUGCAAAGAAAAGGAUAAAGAACGCAGUAUUUGAGUUUUAUAGAGGAGUUGAAUUAUUGAAAAAUUAUACAAAUUUAAAUCAUACCGGCUUUGUUAAAAUAUUAAAAAAAUACGACAAGAUAUCUGAGCGAAAUGGAUCCAAAAUAUAUAUCCCAAAAGUGGAAAAAUUUCGUUUCGUUAAGUCACGCGUUACAAGCAAGCUUCUUAAAGAUGUCGAAGAAUUUUAUGUGAAAAACUUUGAAGAUGGUUCAAACGCUCAAGCAAUUCGAAAAUUGCGAAUACCAAAUAACAGACAUAAGACAUAUUAUUCUUCUGUAUUACGUAUUGGUCUAUGCUUAGGAUUGUCGAUACCUGGUUUGAUCUAUUAUUCGAUUGAGAUUGAAAAGGAGAAAAAAUCUUUUGACGAACCUGAUAAAGAUGAUGCUGACUUAUUCGCGGCCAGGAUAGAUCUAAAACUUUACACUGCAAUUGCUCUACCAAUGAUACUCAUGCUUUUAUUAGGCGUUAAUAUGUAUAUAUGGAUACGAUAUCGUAUAAAUUAUAAAUUUAUUUUCGAAUUGAAUCCGAGAGAUAAUUUGGAUUACCGUCAAUACCUUGAGCUUCCAUCUAUAGCUUUUUUGAGCAUGAGUAGUAUUAUGUUCCUUAAUUAUCAAUUUGGUUCAACUCUUAAACCUCUUAUACCACAGUUUUAUCCUAUAAUCCUGUUCUCUUUUAUUUGCGCUAUUGUUUUUAAUCCCUUUCACAUAUUCUAUUACAAUGCCCGACGAUGGUUUAUCAUUUCUUUGGUACGUUUAUUUGGAAGUGGAAUACUGCGUGUAGAAUUCAGGGAUUUCUUUAUUGCUGAUGAGUUAAAUAGCUUAGCAUAUUCAAUGACCAUGAUACAGCUUUUUGGAUGUGUUAGUGGACGCAAUAUUUGUAGCACAGAUAUCAUAUAUACACCUAUACUUGGUUCGAUUCCCGCGACUUUCCGUUUUCUUCAAAGUUGGAAACGUUAUAGAGACACGUCUCAAAAAACCCAUUUUAUAAACAUGGGCAAAUAUUUGUCAACCAUUGUUCCCAUAUGGUUAGCCUUUGAAUACCGUAAAAAUGAUAAAGGUGAACAAGGUGAACAAGGUGGCAAUAAUUUAUUAAUUUUAUGGGUGAUCUUUCAAAUUUUUUCCUCUUUGUAUACUUACUUUUGGGAUAUUAAAAUGGAUUGGAACCUAUUACAACGCAAUAGCGUAAAUUAUUUAUUAAGAAAUGAAUUGGGAUAUAAAAAACGUUGGCUAUAUUAUUAUGCUAUUAUCUCAAACUUCUUUUUAAGAUUUGGUUGGAUAAUUAUUAUGGCGACAAUAAACCAAGCUCAUUUACGUUUUAAAAUUUCUCUUAUAGUCGCUUUUUGUGAAAUGUUCCGUCGAUGGCAAUGGAAUUUUUUCCGUGUCGAACACGAACAUAUUAGUAACUGUGAACAAGGUCGUGCCAUAAAGGAUAUUCCGUUACCAUUCCCAAUACAAACUAAUGAAAAUAUAUUAGCACCGGAAAUGGUUGUCCCAGUAAAUAAUGAAAGUCCGUUAUCAUUCGCAUUAAUAAGAAAUUUAUUUAAAAGACGCGCUGGACGUAAAAACUCUAGAAGUUCUAGAGAUUCUAGAAAUUCGGAUCCUGCUUAUAAUUGGAAGGAUUUUGAAGCAAACCGAGAUACAUUGGAAUAUAUGUAUGCUGAUGAAAUAUAUGAAAUUAGUGAUGAAGGAGAGAACACCUAUCGUAGAGAGAAUGAUUAUGCGAGCAGAAGAUUACCUCCAAUUAACGAUUAUCAAUAUGAAGUAGACUUAGAAAGAUCGUUCAUUACUUCAACAUAA